AUUGCACACGCAGUUUACAGCGCUUUGUGAACUUUGGAGGCGGCGUGUCUGGGCGAUCCUGUAAUCAUAACUGAAAUGCCGGGUAUUUAUCAGUUAUGACUGAUCAAUUAUGUGAGAGCUGAGUGAAUAUGUGAAAUGUAAAUGCUACGAGUACAACAUUUUAGCAAACAGAUUUUUUAUUCCAAGUAAUCAAAAAUGGCUGAAAGUCAAGAAAAUGAUAAUCCCGUAGUAGAUUCACAAGACACUUAUUAUGAAAAAGAUGCAAACACAGGGGAAAGCCAAAUGUUGGAUGAAAGUCAAGAUUUUGCUUUGGUUGUUGCUGAAGACUCGGAUGAAAGUAUAACAUCUCGGUCCCAAGCUGUGAAAAAUGUCUGCGAACCUGAAGCUGGUGGAGACUCUGUAGAACAAAAAACUAUCCUAGCAGAGACACAACUCAUUAAAGAUAGUCCGACAAAACCUGAUAUUGUUCAUGAGACACAAAAUAUUCAUAUCCACGAAAGGAAACUGAGUGAAGAAAAGGAUAUUCAAAGUUUAAACAUGGAGGACAAUGCUCAUGAUUCAAAAUGUAAUGAAAAAAAGGGGAGCGAUGAAGAAGAAAUUAUUCAAGGUACUCCACCUCAAAUUUCUUCUCCAUCCAGGAAACGUAAGGCUGAUUCUUUUGACGAACCAGCAACUAAGAUCCAGCGAACUCUAUCACAAAGAGAUGCCUUAAAACUGGAUAGAAACAUGGCAAAUGCAGAUACAAAAUUAAUUGUAAACGAAGUACCUAUUGAGGAUGAACAAAAACAAUUAGAUAUCCUUUCUGAAAAUACCGAAGAUAUUGACGAUGCAGAGAAAUUAAAACCAUGCGUUACCCAAAGUCAACAGAAAAAUGUAAUUAUUGCAGAAACACAAGAUUCAGAUGAAUUUGAACCAGUUAUUUCAAGUGAUUUAUCCGCCUUGGGAAAUACAAGUUCAAAUGUUAAAUCAGAUGAAUCUGAUCAAAAGAAUACAAGUUCCCCAGAUAAACGUGAUUCAGAACUUGAUACAGCUAAUAGUAAGCCCAAUUCAUUUGACAGUAACAGUGCUUUGUCAGACAACGAAAAAGUGGUUCCACAACCUGAUGGAAAGAUGUUGAUCGAAGCCUCUGAUGAGACAUCAGAAAGGACUACCAACGGAGAGGAUGUACAAGAAACAACUGAAGAUGAUAAAAUGUGCAAUACUACGGAUGACAGCCCAAAUAUUGUAAGUGCAGAUUUGAUUGAGAAACAGAGUUGCAAAAGUACAAAGUUUAGCGAAAAGAAAGGUAAUGUUUCCCACGAAGUGGACAAGGAAUUUUUCAACGUACCUCUGCCAACUAGUGACAGUAACUCGGAAUCUACUUGCGACACAGGAUCUCAUGGCUCAAAUAAGUCACGAAUGAGCAUAGAGGUAAUAUACGACAGAAAAUCUUCAAGCCAAGAGAAAAAAAGGUGUUUAGGCUUGGUGGAAAUUGAUGAAGAAGGGGAGAAAAUUAUUUUGGAUGAUUCAAAUGAGGAAAGCCCUAAAAAUACAACAAUUUAUAAGAGCUGCUUGGACAGCAAAACUAACAGUGACUCGAGCUACAAGUCCACAGGUGGUGCAGAAGUCCACAAACACAAUGAUGACAGCCAAAUAUUAGAUUGUCAUACAUCAAAUGAAGAUGAUUUAACUAUGAGUAGCAAUGCAAAGACGGUCAGUCUGGUCAGCGAAUCUGAUCCAUUUGCUGAUGAUGUAGUGCUGGGACAGAAUAAAGGCGAGACCUCUGAGUCCGUUGCAGAUGACCUAAAUACAGAACAAAGAUUUCGAUCCAGCCCUAAACUAAAUGACACCUUGGAGAUGGUGAAUGUUGUUACUGACAGUGAAGGAGAUAGUCUUGUCGGCAAUGUUAAUGCACAAAAAUCAUCUGAUAAUAAAAUUGAUAAUUCUUUGAACACGUCAUUGGGGAUCAAAACAACAAUAAUUGAAAAAAAAACGCGAUUCUAUGUUGACUUGAAGUACAUAUUACACAUUGACGAAACUACCAAAGAAAUAAUGUAUAAAGAAGUAACGGAUGUGCACUGCGAGCCAGUAAUUGAACAUUCGGCUGCUCGAAGAAAUAGUGAUGUAUCUGGAUGUCUAGCUGACAUAUCUGGGAAUGCAAACAAAGAUAAUUCUCCAGGAUCUGUCAUGAGCAAUCCUCAACUGUUUUCACUUCCCCCAUCUAGGCUUUCCAUUGCAUCAACGGUAAGCUCCUCAAGUUCCUUGUCUAGUGCUGCUUCUUUGGCUGCAAAACUACUGAAGAACACCAACUUCUCAGAACCAAAAGGUCGUGCGAAACAUGCUAGAAAGCCAACAAUGGAAGUGCUCUCGGAAGAAAAAAUAACUGAUGGAUGGAAGAAUACUCGCUUAAUUUCAGAAGCGCUCUUGCAGUCUGCAAAUGCUUUCAUUCAUUCCCCAGAAAGCUUCCAGCUUGAUAACGAACCUGGCAAAAUUGAAGAUAAAGUAUUAUCGUCUACGCCAGAAGUAAUACAAGAUACAGAAAUGCCUCCACAAGUGUCAACUCCAAAAAGUACAAAGGAUAAAAAACUACUAAAACGAAAACGUGCAACUAAUGGAACUGCGAAAAGCAAUGGUAUCAGGAAAGUCUCACCAGAAAUAGUAACUACGAGUCAAGAAGCUAGACUGCAUGUUAACAAAAAACGUGAGAGCAUCGACAGUAUUCAAUCAGAUAAGCUAUCGAAACAAGUUUCAAGUUUAUCAACGCCUGUUAGCCUGAGCACAAGAACAGAAAAGCUCAGAAGUCUGACUCCACAAAAUUUGCCAAAUGAUGAAUUGAUAGGCAAAGUCGUAUUUGCCAAAUGGUCAGACAAUACUUAUUAUCCAGGUGAAGUUACUGGUAAAACUAAAGACAAAUAUAGGAUAAAGUUUUACGACGGUAAAAGUAAACUCGUGAUGGAGGAAUUUGUAAUACCUAUGCCUGAAUCAUUGAGGGAAGGUUUGUCUGUUUAUGCUACUAGCAAAGAGGACAGCUAUGCAUCAAUGGGGAUAAUUUUGAAAUCCGAGAACGUUAAAAAUGUGAUAUAUUAUACAGUUGAAAUGGACACUGGUGAGAAAAUUAGAGUCCAAAUUAACGACAUAUCCUUGAUGCCAGGGCAGGCUCAAAUUCUGAAAGAAGAGAUAGAUGUUGCUUCACAAAAUCUACCAAAAACUCCACAGCACUUGGGUCAAGUUAGUCUUGACAACUUAGUAGAUGGUAAAAGACGAUCAAGGCGAGCUGCUACUCCGACUGUGUCCACACCCAAAUUAAGGAAAGUAAUUUCUCCAAGAUCUAACAAAACAACUAAAUCCAUAUCACCAUCUGGGUCUGGUCUUCCAAAACUCAAAGGAAAUAAACAAGCAAUGUCAAGUUCAGAAAGCGAAACCAAAACGAAUGAGUCUGAUAUUUCAGCAACAGAUGAUGUGGAUGGUGUUGAACCUGAACUACUAGCGAUGCCAUCAGUUCCAAUAUCAAAAGGACCUUCAGAUAGAAUGAAAGGAAGAGGACGAGGCAAGUCUAAGCAAAUACAGGACGAUGCUGAACUUGGACCUAUACCUCCGCCAUCGUCGUCAAUAUUUGAAAAUAUGUCUUUCAUUUUGACCUCGACCUCAUCGGAUGUCAUUUCACGUCAUCAUACAGAUGAUUCAUGCUCGGAACCUGGAACAGAAAAUGAAGAAGAAUGGCUUAAAACGCCGUUUGUUAAAGAUAGGGUGAAAAAACAAUUAAUUAAUGGAGGAGGAAUAGUGUACGAUUCCUUUAAACAAAUACCACAAUCUGAAUAUAAAAAGGUUAAACUUAUCACCAAUGUGCCAAAUUUAACGGCAAAGAGCAUACAAUGCCUUUCGGUUGGAAUUCCAACCUACAGUCACAACUGGGUGAUCCAGUGCUGUCGGGAUAAUAAAACUCUCAAACCUACUCCAUAUGAAUUGCCAGCUGGUUGGAGUGAAGAGAAAAGGAAAUACAUUGAAUCGUACGAUCGAUUGAUCAAACAACCAUUUAGUGGGAUGAUAAUAGCCUUGCCAGUACUGGAUAACAGAAACGUGAUCAACCGUACAAUUCAAUUUUGGCGUAGUAUCUGUGAGAAUGCUGGUGCUGUAGUUCAAAUAGUAAACGACCCAGAAACCGAUUUGUCUCACGUAACUGCAGUACUGACAGAUAAUAGAUGCCCGUCUUGGCUCGUUGAAAAGGCUGAUAGUUUGCAAAUUCCCUUGGUAUCGACGGUUUGGAUUGUACAAUGCAUAAUUGUAGGCCAGUCACUCCAAUACGAUUCUCAUCCUAAAUAUUCCUAUAAUUUUAUGCAGCCCUGAGUGAGUUUUAAUCCUGAUAAUUUUUUAUUUUCACCUGGUUUUUAUUCUUGUCUACGCCACUUUUCAAGUAGGUAACGACCAACAAUCUGACCAACUUCAGUGUAUUUUAAUUCAUAUCUUUAUUAUUUUUUUAAUUUUACGACGAUGAUUCAUUUAUAGUUUUAUAAAUUAAAUGAACCAAACUAGCAGUGUGUAUGCCAACAUAUCAGAUGGCAACCCAUACAAUCUUGGAAGACUUUAUAGGAAUUAUUCCAAAAUUUCUGCAGGAGUAAUUCAUCAAGUGAUUAUUUUUGUGUAAUAAUCAAGUAUGAAAAUGAAGAUUCAGUGUUUGGAUCAAUUGUAAUUUUGAUUAAAAACAAUAAAUAGUUCGUUUUUUUCAUUCACCAACUUGACCUAGGGGAGGAAGUCAGGUGGAUGAAACCAACAUUAAAUUAUGAAUGACGUAUAAUUCAGAUAUUUAGGAUAGCCAUUGAAUGAAAGGAAUGAUGGAAAUAGGAAAAUAGGACCUGAUUUUUAAGGUACAAGGAAAAACUACCUUUGCGUACAACAUUUUUUCACAGAUAGGGUGGAUACUUUGGUAAUGAAGUCAUUUUGAUUGCGAUCAAAAUAUACCACCGCAUAUAUUAUUUUAAUAAUUUUCUUUAUUGCUAUUACUAAUUAUAAAAUACAAGUGUUUUAUGUACAAUUUUUCCAACAUGAAAUAUAUUGAAAUAUUUUAGCAAUUCUGAUGUUUUUCCAUUUGCUUUCUCUGCUGAUUUAUAUCUAUAAUCCAUUUUAAACAAAUUUGCUGAUGUCAAAUAUCGGGAAUUACAAAUGCAUACCUACUAAUAAUGAAUUUUAUAUUAAAUAAUUUCCUCGCAGCAAUGCACAAGUUUUACGGAAAAUAAUAUCCAUAUUUUUCUACACAAACUAUUAAUAUGUAAAGUAUGAUUACCAAAAUUUAAAAAAUUCUAAAAUAAUUAAGUGGAAUAAU